AUGUACGACCACCGCUUCCCCCGUUCCCCUGCCUUGGCUAACCCUCGGUCUCUUCUCCCAGGGCGUGUUCUGUCGUCGCAAACCAUCGGCGUCGAGUUCUCUUCCCGUAUUGUAAAGUUGGGAUCGGGCUCCAGACGCAGGCGGAUCAAGUUACAGCUCUGGGACACUGCUGGGACCGAGCGUUUCCGAUCCGUUUCCCGGUCCUACUACCGCGGAGCCGCAGGCGCGAUUCUCAUCUACGACGUCGCCUCCCAUAACUCUUUCGCGUCGCUCCCUACCUUCCUGAUGGAUGCGCGGGCACUAGCCUCCCCCAACCUGACCGUCAUACUGGCUGGGAAUAAGUCCGACCUGGCAGAUUCCGCCCCGCAGUCCGAGUUGGUCGACGACUCUACUCGGCUCCCACCUACGCCAUCCAGUACGUCGAGCAAGCAAUCAUCACUGCCAUUUGAAACUAGUAGCUCGGUUCGGUCGGCGAGCCAUUUGGGGUCAGGAACCAGGAUGACUGCUACCUGGGCCCCCGAGGGGCGGGAAGUCAGCCUCGAGGAGACGUCGCGCUGGGCCGCCCAAUCUAAUAUCCCUGUUGCCGUCGAGGUAUCCGCUCUGACGGGGGAUGGUGUUGAAGAGGUGUUUAACCGGCUCGCGCGCAUCAUUCUCACCAAGAUUGAACUGGGCGAAAUUGAUCCAGAUGACCCGCAGAGCGGCAUCCAAUAUGGAGAUGGUGGCCUUUACGGUCACGGCACCAGUGACGGCUCGAGCAUCCGAAGCAGAGCUACGCUCGAGGACAACGCCCUGCCCCUUCAACGAAGAACCCCACGGCGGCGAGGCAAGGGGAGUGGCACCCAAGGCUGGAGGGGCGGAAUGAGAGAAUGGGAGGACGUGUUUCGCUUGGGCGGUUCUCAAUCGCGGAGAAAUCGAGGUUGUUGUUGA